AUGUUCGUCAUUCACAUCACAACCUUUGUCUCUCUGCUCGCAUUAUCUUGGCUCGUCACCGCGGCACCAGUUUUUAAGACGGACAAUCAACAGCUCGCUACCGUAGAGGCAAGAUCCUUCGACAACUUGGAUCUUGGGUACGGGGUGCGACACCUGCAAGAUAGAGACCUUGAUUUGCACAACGAGGAUGAUCUCCAGAAAAGAGAGACGGACGAGGACUCUUCUUGGAUGGAAUUACGCAGUGACCGUGACGACCUUCAGCGGCAGCUCGAGGCAGAGCACCAGGCCGCGGUGCGCAGCGCAAGAAGGACGCAGGAGAGAGAGUUGAGGGCGGCGAGGAGAGCUGUAGCCAUAAGCAGAGUCAUCGGAAAAGUGCAGGAUUUCUGCAGAGCGGCCACCUGCAGGCCACCACGAGAGGGAAGACCUGGGAUUGGAAAGGCGACGAACGGGUUCGGUAUGCUCCAAUAA